AUGUAUCUCUUCCCCCACCCUCCCCUCUCAGGGAAAAACAUCACCUACAUCACAAACGCGGAAGUCCGGGACGCAAUACUGAACCUGACUUUGACGGCUCUGGCUCCCAAAUUCCCUCUCUUCCAAACCAGUGACUAUGAGCUGUGGUUCCAAAUUAAUCGCGUGGUCCUGCUGGCCAGCUUCAGUCCUUUAGUUUUGGUGGUGAUCCCCGCCAACCUCACCUGCGACUCUUACGACGCAAUAUUGAAAGGCAUGGAGAGCGCUUUGGCGGUUCUCCCAACUGGAGUUGGAGUGGAGCUGAAGUCAAGCAUAGACAAACUUCGACAGUCACCACCAGAAGGCUGCACGCCCCCUCGCCCUGUGGGUUUCUGCAAAGAGACAAUAGUGGAUGAGGUGAGGCUGUGUGGAGGUGUCCACAGUGGUGGACCCGGGAGCCAGCCUCCUUCCUCGGCUCAGCUGUGCGACUUGGCCAUCUCUAAUUAUGCCUGCUCUCCGGUUGCAUCCUCCCUGUCCUCUGACGCCCUCGUCACACUGCUGACUUGCAAGGUGCCGAGCAGCGUGAACAGCAGCGCAGAGACGUGGAAGCUUUUCUUAGAAAGUCGCGGGAGUUCUGGAGGUUGCUCUGUCAGCACCCUCGGUGGCCAUCAGCCUGAGUCCCGUGUUCUCGAUGCCAUUGGAGAGGUGAAAGUCAACAACUUCAGCGCCGCACAACUGACAGAUGUCAGCUUCAUUACCGACUGGUUCCAGGGAAGGCUGAGACCAUUCUUGCCUGCAGUCUCCAGGGACUUCCUGUCCUGCCUUAGCUCCAAGAACUUCAGUUGCGACACCUACCAAGUUGUGGUGCAGGCUCUAAGUCGUCAAGCGUCCCUCAUGGAGGUGGGGCAACAACGGGUCGUCUUCACUGAAUUUGUCAAUCCCUUCCUCUCGAGAGACGACCUACCAGAUCCUGCCUGUCUUGCCAAUACUACGAGCAGCGCUGACUGGCUGGAGAAGAACUUUGGCAACUUCUCCGUCUACGCUACCUUGGAGGACUUGCAAAGGCUGAAUGAAAAUUUCUCCAGCUUUGCAUCCUUGGCGCUGCUGAGCCCUAGCCAAGUAGCUGAACUGACACUGAGCUCCGGAGCGCUGAACAACACCCAUCAGAUCGACGCUGUGUUCGACCGCCUGGAGAAUGGCAACGCUUUCAAGAACGUGGAGGAGUUUCUGACGGCUCUAACCGCAUCUCCUGAGAUUCCCGAUAUCACCCCCGCUGUGAGAGACGUGAUGAUGAACCGAACCUUCGGGAUCAUUGAACUGAAGCUCCCGGGAUUUGGGGCUCAUGACUGGGAAGUGUGGUUCACCGAGAAGCUCAUCCCUGUCCUCCCCAGUUUCACCGCAGGAAUGCUGCUUAAGGUCACGGCUGACAUCAACUGCACCAACUACCAUGUGAUCGUUGAGGGUAUGGGAGAUGUUUUCGACAAAAUGACAUUCACCAGGAGGCAGGAGAUGACCAGGGUUCUGGUGGAGCACCUGAAGCAAUUUGCCGUCCGAUACAACAGUCCAGAUUGCAGAAAGGACAUCGCAAACGAUGCUGAGUGGCUUGACAUCAACUUGGGUCUAUUCUCCACGGUGGCCAAUUACUCAGACCUCAAGGAGCUGAACAUCAGUGGGCUGGCAGCUUUGGAAUCCCUGUCACCUGACCAGAAAGCAGAGCUGCUGUUGGAUCCGUCCACCGGUGCUCUUGAAAAUGUGACCGUGGUGAAGGAGGUGUUGAGCAGCAUCCUAAAAGCCCCAGAUGAGGAGCAGCUAGAGAAAUUCUUUGAAACGUUUGUGGAGGUCAGCAAGGAGGAAAACAUCACCUACAUCACAAACGCGGAAGUCCGGGACGCAAUACUGAACCUGACUUUGACGGCUCUGGCUCCCAAAUUCCCUCUCUUCCAAACCAGUGACUAUGAGCUGUGGUUCCAAAUUAAUCUCGUGGUCCUGCUGGCCAGCUUCAGUCCUUCAGUUUUGGUGGUGAUCCCCGCCAACCUCACCUGCGACUCUUACGGCGCAAUAUUGAAAGGCAUGGAGAGCGCUUUGGCGGUUCUCCCAACUGGAGUUGGAGUGGAGCUGAAGUCAAGCAUAGACAAACUUCGACAGUCACCACCAGAAGGCUGCACGCCCCCUCGCCCUGUGGGUUUCUGCAAAGAGACAAUAGUGGAUGAGGUGAGGCUGUGUGUGGAGGUGUCCACAGUGGUGGACCCGGGAGCCAGCCUCCUUCCUCGGCUCAGCUGUGCGACUUCGCCAUCUCUAAUUAUGCCUGCUCUCCGGUUGCAUCCUCCCUGUCCUCUGACGCCCUCGUCACACUGCUGACUUGCAAGGUGCCGAGCAGCGUGAACAGCAGCGCAGAGACGUGGAAGCUUUUCUUCCAGAAAGUCGCGGGAGUUCUGGAGGUUGCUCUGUCAGCGUACUCCAACAACACCCUCGGUGGCCAUCAGCCUGAGUCCCGUGUUCUCGAUGCCAUUGGAGAGGUGAAAGUCAACAACUUCAGCGCCGCACAACUGACAGAUGUCCGCUUCAUUACCGACUGGUUCCAGGGAAGGCUGAGACCAUUCUUGCCUG